AUGAAUUCACAAUAUCUGUAUAUUUUGUUUUCCGCCUGUUUAUUUCUACAGACAAAUGGAGCAAUUUUGAAAAAAACCAGCCCGCUGAGAAAUUUACCCAUUCUUGGGGGAGUUGCAUCACCAACCUGCGGGUGUUCCGCAAACCUACCCUACAUUCCGGAUAUACCUAUACUGGCACCACUAGAACCUGCUUGCGGAUGUAAGGUACCUAACUGCGGAUGUUCACCACGUAUUAUUGAAGUUCCCACAUACUUCUCACCAGCGGUUGAAGUACCAUCUUGUGGAUCUAAUGGCUUUUUCUCGGCCGGUGUUGAGCUGGCGUCCUGUGGAUGCGGUAUACCUUCAUGCGGAUGUAAUAUACCCACUUGUGGAGGUUUACCUUCAUGCGGAUGUGGCGUACCUAACUGCGGAUGUACAGUUUUAGAUUCCCCAACAUAUUAUACUACUCCUGCCUGUGGUUGUGGAGUACCAAAUUGUGAUUGUGGUGCGUACAUUACACCCAUAAAACCAGCGCCAUCUUGCGGAUGUGGAAUACCCACUUGCGGAUGUACUUUGCCACCACUCCCACCUGUUCUGGGAUGCACGAAAUAUUUAAGACAAGUGGUAGUACAGCCGCCAUUUUUGUAA